UGAAGCUCCUUGCCCUUCCUCUCCGCUCAGCCCCCGGCUUAGGACUUCUGCGAUGGGCAGACAGCGCACGCAGAAGGCUCUCCAGAACCAGCCUGAAGGCUGCGAAGUGCCGGGCAGUGUGCUCCUGCUGCUCUCCUAUCUGGCCUACCUGGCGCUGGGCACCGGCGUGUUUUGGAUGCUGGAGAGCCCGGCGGCCAGGAACUCCAGUCAGAGAUUCCAGCGCGACAAGUGGGCGCUGCUGCAGAACUUCACGUGUCUGGAUGGCCCAGCGCUGGACUUGCUGAUCCGGGGCAUCAUCCAAGCAUACAAAAGUGGGGACAUCGUUCUUGACAACACCACCAGCAUGGCGCGCUGGGAGCUUAUGGGCUCCUUCUUCUUCUCCAUGUCCACCAUCACCACAAUUGGCUAUGGCAACCUGAGCCCCCACACGAUGACUGCCCGCCUCUUCUGCAUCAUCUUCGCUCUUGUAGGGAUCCCCCUCAACCUCGUGGUGCUCAACCGGCUGGGGCAUCUCAUGCAACGGGGGGUCCACAGCUGUGCUCGUAGGCUGGGGGGCGCCUGGCAGGACCCUGCCAAGGCGCGGUGGCUGGCGGGCUCCAGCGCCCUCCUCUCGGGCCUCCUGCUCUUCCUGCUGCUGCCCCCACUGCUCUUCUCCCACAUGGAAGGCUGGAGCUAUGUAGAGAGCUUCUACUUCGCUUUCAUCACCCUCAGCACGGUGGGCUUCGGAGACUACGUGAUUGGGAUGGACCCCUCCCGGACUUACCCCUUGUGGUACAAAAAUACUGUGUCACUGUGGAUCUUCUUUGGGAUGGCGUGGCUGGCCUUGAUCAUCAAGCUGAUUCUGUCCCUGCUGGAGGCCCCGAGGAGGCCCUGUUCCUGUUACCACCCUCCCUCCAAAGAGGAUCACAGCAAGUCCUGGAGCUGGUGGCUAGACUCUUAUGAAGAGACAGAACCCUGCUCCCAACCACCAAAGGGGUCUGUUGGAAACACGUGGCACUCAGAACUCUCGACCCAGGUGGCCCAGUGUGGAAGUGACAGCUAGCUCCAUUUCAGUAUUUGUUCCCUGUUCUUAGGAAUCCAGUCCUAACCUUAAUGUCUGCAGAGCAGCUAUAACAAGGCCUGACUGAAAACCACCAGACUUCAUUUCUAUAAGAGAGAAAUAAACACCAUCUUAUUUACAAUA